UUUCAUAAUAAGUAUCAGUAGCGGCUCGGCGUGCAAAAAGGAAGAGCUCCCCGAGCGAACUUCCUGAAGAAAACCUGACAUUAUUUUGCUUAUUUUGGUGCUAAAUCUCCUGGAAUGUGAUUAGGUGUAUCAAAAUUAUUUGCAGCUAUGGCAUCAAGAAAAAUAAAUAAUUUUGCAUGGAAGGGCGAAGAUUAUUUUUUAUCUCAAAUUACGACGCUGGAUAAAGUUGAAACUGUGAAUUCUCCUUGGGUAUUCUCAUAUUUUUUUGAGAAGUUAUCGAGUGUGUUUAUACUGAGGUACAUGAAGAGUGCAUAUAAAAACGACUGGCCAUUCUUUGUGAUAAUUUUGUGGACCAAAAUUGUUUUAUUGAUGACAAUAUUUUUAGUACUUCCAAAUGCUGUACUGACAAUUUUCAGUAUAUUAUUACAUACAUUAUUGCACACUGUUCUACCUGGAUUGUUAUGUUUUCUGGUUUACUUAUGGAUUGGAAUGAUUCUGAAAAAUCAGUCCUUGUUUUUUUCUGUCAGAUUAUGUUUUAUAAGUUGCAUAAUUCUUGAAGUUUUAAUUGAACUCUUUGUAAGCACGGGAUUGGAAUCCACAGCGAAUUCAUUUGUGAUUGGAACCACCUUGCUGUUCAUCAUAAUUUCAACUGGUUAUUAUAUAAUGGACAAAAAAUAUUUCAACACAUCGGCUUUGGUUGGUUCCAUUAUAUUUGCACGUUUUUUUGUAGUUGUAAACGUGACAACUUUAUAUUAUCAUGCAAUGUCAUCCUUAUUGAUGUAUAUGUGCAUUGUGGGAGGACUAGCUGUUUCAUCACUUCCAUACCUGCGUAUACCAGCAUUUAAUGAAGAAGACUCUAAUGACAACGAUUCGCCAUCAUUCGACAUGUCAACCAUACCAAUUAUACGUCAAAGGAGAGCUUCCAGUGUGGAAAUUCCCACCAUAAAUCAGAAUGGUGCAGUAAACGCACAGAUGAAAACAAGAAGGAAGUCUUUACCUGUUUUAGGACUGCCAACGAGAAAAGUGAGCAUGUCCACGAUGGACCUUACCAUCCUUGGAGAGGCGCAUGGCAUGAUUAGCGACCUUCUAGCUGACUCUUCUCUACCACUCAACGUGACUGGAACGCUUCGUAUUGUAGCUGACAUGAUAUCACCUUUGCUUCAACAUAGUUUCCAUCGUAACCAAAGCAUGCCGCCGUCAUUGCUGACAGUAUUUGAGAAGCAAUCGAAAGAAGAUGAAAAACAAGUUAUUAACCAGCCUGACCUCAAGGAUGUCGUCCCUCUGUCUUUAAAGCAGCGUCUUCAACGUAACUUGGGAGGAAAUUCACGUCGUAUGUCGAGCAGUUAUACCACUACAACUUCUGCUACAGGAAUGCCAACAAUCGAUAUGGAAUACCAUGCGAAGAAGAGCGCCAGUACUUCCUCAGCCAGUGGUAAAUGUAAUACAAAAAGAACUUCUUAUAGAUCAAAGUCUUACGCUGGCGUUUUUUCGACAAGUGAUCGGACUAAAGCAUUUACAAAUAAGUCUCAUUCGUUUUCAACGUCCACCACGCGUAACUCACCAACCGCGUCGCCGUCGUCGAGUAAAAAAUUGGACUCGAUAUCAGGCGAGGACGAUAUUUUUAAAGUGGAGAUCACUCGCGGAAAGCCUGUUUAUUUUGAGGGCAUGGAUACGGACAGUGAGGACGAAGAGUUUUCUUCGCCAGAAACUUCGAGCAGGACUGAAAAAGAAAACGUAAAACCUAUCAUAGAAGCAGUGAACAAUAUAGAAAUUAUUACCAAUGAUUCUAGGAAACUUGUAAAGAAACUUUCUAGUUUAUCAGAGCAGAUAGAGGAAGCGAAUUCCGAUAACAGUGACGUAGCUGACUCUAUGUCUCAUGUGGACUCGGUUAACCAGCCUGUCGUAACAGUGGAAAUCGAAAACAAUAAGCCUUUAGAUAAUUCUUUGAAUAAAAAUGUGUCUAGUAGUAACGAACUUAACUCGGAGGAGAGUGUUAAAGUUAAUACAGAUUCAACGACGGCUAGUCGUACGGCGCCGCCGUUGGCACAACGCAAUGUUAAUUUAAACGUAGCUGAAGUAGCACCCGUAAGAAAGACGUCAGUCGAUGAAUCGAAUACUACGUUUCCACAGGAGAGUCUUUCUAUACCAACAAAUACAGCACGGAGGAGGAGCUCGCGAGAGCUGCAUUUAGAAUACGAAAUGGCGGUGUCACAAGAAAUUGAUGGCCUCCUAAUGAACUUAAAUCAAUGGGAUUUCCCUAUCUUCGAAUUAAGCGAAAAAUGUAACGUACUGACACAGCUCGCUUUUCGCAUAUUCCAAGUCUGCGGCUUCUUUACCACUUUCAAAAUACCGGAAACUACAUUCUUAAAAUAUUUCCGUGCAUUGGAAAGUGGUUAUCACAAUAUUCCAUACCACAACAGAAUACACGCUGCGGAUGUACUGCAUGGUGUAUAUUACCUGACUCAGCAUAAAAUACCAGGCUUUAAUUCCACCCUGUCAAGGCGGUCCAGCGUGACUGACAAUACCGACUUGUCAAACUCAUCGUUCGACGACGAAUACACAUACGGAUGCAUGUCGGAUGUGAUGCCAGAGUUAGAACUGAUGGCGCUCUACACAGCCGCAUCCAUGCAUGAUUUUGAUCAUCCAGGUCGUACGAAUGCUUUUCUUGUAGCUACUCUCAACCCAAAGGCGUUACUGUACAACGACAGAUCAGUGUUGGAGAAUCAUCACGCUGCUGCAGCUUGGUCGCUCCUUGUCACCAAUCCUGGCCUGAAUUUCCUCUCUUCUCUUGACCCCGCUGAUUUCAAACGAUUUCGUUUUAUUGUGAUCGAAGAGAUUUUAUCGACAGAUCUGAAAAGGCAUUUUGAUUUCUUGACGGAAUGGAAUUCAAAGAUAUCGGAACAGGGAGGUGGUCUGAAUUUUUCGAGCGAAUCGGAUCGAUUAUUGGUUGGUGAAAUGGCCAUCAAGCUAGCUGACAUAUCCGGUCCAAGCAAGGAAUGGAAUUUGCAUUAUCGCUGGACCGAUCGAAUUAUUGAGGAAUUUUACCAACAGGGUGAGGACGAAAAAACACUUGACAUGCCGCUCUCAGCAUACAUGGAUAGAAAUGACCCAAAGGUGCCUCAGUUGCAAGCUUCUUUUAUUAAGCAUUUAGUUUCGCCCUUGUACAUGGCUUACGAAAAAGCCGGCACGAUGCCCGGUGAGUGGGUAGACUCCGAUUCUGACGACGACGACAGCACAAACGUGUCCGACGCCGAGACGAGUGAUAGCGAAACAGCAAAAGCGGUGAAAGCGAAAAAAAAGACUGUCUUUAGCAUUGUUAUUGAUAAUAUUCAGACUAAUCAUCAAAAAUGGUUGCGGAUUAUCGAGGAAGAAGGCGAAACGCAAGAAAAUAACGAACUUACCGCUCAGAAGUCCUCAGAUGAAGAAACCAACGAUCAAGCUUCCAGCGGAACACCUAGUGGAAAUUCAACUGAGAAAACAGAUUAAACGAAAAAAAAUGUCGUUAAAUACGUUUGAAAUCGAAUGAGUGUCAAUCUGCUCAACAUGGUCGGGAAUCUCUGUCAGGAAGUAAACGACAGAUCCUACCUGUUACGAUGUGCUUGCGUAAAAGCAUUAACGAGCUGAAUAAAGUUUGUGUUUUAGUACACGCGUGCGAGUGUGGUUAACAUAUCCACGCAUAGGAUAUACAAUCAUUGAUUGAAACAAGAAUAAGGAAAAAAAUAUAUAUAUAUAUAUAUAUGUACAUUACGAAAAACUAAUAAAGUUUUUCCGUUCUCUUUUUUUACUCCUGCACCACAAGUCUUUGUACGUUAGAAAUAUAUUUAUUAGUGGGAAGACAUUCUAUACACAAACGAAAUAAUCAAAAAACGGAAUCUUAAAAUUGUCAAAUGUAUGUAGCUGCAUUUAUUUUCUGUCGUUGAUAUUUAUUUACUUACCUAGCCAAUGUGACAGCGGCUUUGUUAUGAUAACAUUUAAAUAUGUACUGCUAUUUGUAACAUUGCGGUUCAGCUUGCUAGUGAGGAUUCUUACACAGUAAAAUAAUUUAUUAAACGUAUCUUUUUUAUGAUAUCAUCAUAUUGUUAUCCGUAUUAGAUUAUGAUGUUAUACACAAAAAUAAAUGUGUUCAUUUCCA